UUUGACACCAAAUCCUCUAGAUUACUGGACCCCGUGCUUCGCCAAGGGAAAGAAGAUUGUCUUAUCAUACCAACGGUGUUUUUAUUCGAUAUACAAACAUUCAAGUGACUUUGGGGGAUCGAAUAUAACAUUUAUUGGAAUAGAAUUCUUUUGAAGGGUCGAUUCUGUACCUUCUCUGUUUGCUCUUUGGUUGAGGAAAGAGCCCUGCCGUUUGCGUUGUCAGGCCAGUGUUGGUUGUUCUGAGUUAAGGAACAGCAGCAACUUCCCGUGCUUACUUUGCACUGUGAAAGUCUAUUCUCUGGACGGAAAUACAAUGCCAGGAGACAUCAAAGUGAAUAUUGUUGGUGUAAGAAUCAACAAUAGCCCAUGAUGUCGUUGGAACUUCAUUUUGUUAUGGGAUAACUGUGAUAUCGUUGCCAUAAUAACGGUUUGACCAUCAAUUAUUUCAGUCUAACAGUAUUUGAAAUCAUUCUGAAUUGUUAUAAUACUAUAACCUAUUGAAUAUGCCACCUCAGAGUCUGCUUGACUCAGAAGAACACCAUGGGACCUAAGUAAACACAACAGUUCAAGGCCUAUGCAGUAGAACGCACUGAUGAUCUUCGAAUUGCUGGAUAUUCAUUCCUUUGUCAACUGUCUAUCUGAAGAAGGCUGGCUUGAAAAUGGCAUCCUUUUUCAAUUUCCGUAAAAUCUUUAAAUUAGGUGCUGAGAAGAAGAAGAAACAGUAUGAGCAUGUCCACAGAGACGAGAACCCAGAGGAGAUAUGGGAGAUCAUUGGAGAACUGGGGGAUGGAGCCUUUGGGAAAGUCUAUAAGGCCCAGAACAAGCUAACAGGCAUUCUGGCUGCAGCUAAAGUGAUCGACACCAAGACUGAGGAGGAGCUGGAGGACUAUAUGGUAGAGAUCGAUAUCCUGGCCUCCUGCGACCAUCACAACAUAGUGAAGCUGCUGGACGCCUUCUACUACGACAGCAAGCUAUGGAUCCUAAUAGAGUUCUGUGCGGGUGGAGCGGUGGAUGCCGUCAUGCUGGAGCUAGAGAGGCCCCUGACGGAGCCCCAGAUCCGGGUGGUGUGUAAGCAGACCCUCCAGGCCCUCCUCUACCUCCACGACAACAAGGUGAUCCACAGAGACCUGAAGGCUGGGAACAUCCUGCUAUCCCUGAACGGAGACGUCAAACUGGCUGACUUUGGUGUGUCGGCCAAAAAUACCAAAACACUACAGAGGAGAGACUCUUUCAUCGGGACACCAUACUGGAUGGCCCCGGAGGUGGUGAUGUGUGAGACGUUUAAGGACCGUCCGUACGACUACAAGGCUGACAUCUGGUCCCUGGGGGUGACUCUGAUCGAGAUGGCCCAGAUUGAGCCUCCCAACCACGAGAUGAACCCUAUGAGAGUCCUGCUGAAAAUAGCCAAGGCCGAUCCUCCUACCCUGAUGCAGCCGUCGCGCUGGUCUCCAGAGUUCAGUGAUUUCCUAAGAAAGUGUCUCGAUAAGAAUGUGGACAACAGAUGGAAUGUGGCACAACUUCUACAGCAUCCAUUUUUGAGUACUGUGACCGACAGCAGACCGUUGAGGGAGCUGAUCGCUGAAGCAAAGGCUGAGGUUUACGAGGAGAUUGAGGAUCACAAGGAGGAAGAGGAGGAGGAGGAUGGAGAGACACAGCGGGGUCACAAACGUGCGCCGUCCGAUGCCAGUGUUGCCAGCUCGGAGGACGAGAAACUCCCUCAGUCUCCCUCAGCCUCCAUCUUGGAGUCUUUACCGGAGAAGGCUGAACCGGUUAUCCCGACACCACAGAUUGUUGAAAAGGUCCCUGAACCAAGCGUUGUCAAACCAGAGGAGAACCUGGUUGUGGACACUGGCUUCGUCGAGGAGCCUGCUGUCACUGCAGAAGUGGAGAAAAUGGAUGAGACCCUUAGUGCUCCAAUAAAUGGAGAGACAACAGAAGCCAGUGAGAAACCAGUAGAGGUGACGGAAGAGGAGGAGAAGGUUCAAGAAAUAACAGAGGUUUCCCCAACAGAACCCAGUGAGAUAACUUCUUCAGAACCAGCAGAGCCCCAACCAGAAGGAACCGCUUCCAAUGCUGCGGUCACCAUAGCCGACAAGGAGAUGGAACAACUGGCCAUAUCCAAUCAAGAUGAAAAGGAAGUGGACCCGGCUGAGGUCCAGGCGAAUGAGAUCACCGCAGAAGGGUCAGAGGCCAAGGAAGAGCCAACAGGAGACAAGAUGGAAGUUGAGGAGGAACCAGCCAACGAGGAGCUUAGCAGGGAAGCAAAGGUUACCGUGACAACCCCAGAGGAGACUAAGGUGGACGACAAACUCACACCUGCAUCUCCAGCGGUCUGGAAAGAGGAGGAAGGAGAGAAAGAGAGAGUGGAGUAUAAGCCAACUGCGGAGACAGGGACUCCAGUGAAGUCUAACGAUGAGAAGGAGAGGGAUUCGGACUCUAGGAGUAGUUCUGCUGCAGAUAACGGCAGCAUAGACAUGAACUUGUCCAUCUCCAGCUUCCUGACCAAAACCAAGGAGCCAGGACCCCUCUCCAUACAGGACACCAAGCGCCAGAAGAAGACACUGAAGAAGACCCGUAGGUUCGUGGUGGAUGGAGUCGAGGUUAGCGUGACGACGUCGAAGAUCAUCACCGACAAUGACACCAAGAACGAGGAGAUGAGGUUCCUCAGGCGUCAGGAGCUGAGGGAGCUGCGUCUCCUGCAGAAAGAGGAACAGAGGGCCCAGCAGCAGCUCAGCAAUAAACUGCAGCAGCAGAAAGAGCAGAUAAGCCGCCGUUUCGAACAGGAGACGACCAGUAAGAAGCGCCACUACGACCAGGAAGUGGAGAACCUGGAGAGACAGCAGAAGCAGACCAUCGAGAGGCUGGAGCAGGAGCACACCAACCGGCUGAGGGACGAGGCCAAGCGCAUCAAGGCCGAGCAGGACAAGGAGCUGUCCAAGUUCCAGAACAUGCUCAAGAACCGCAAGAAAGAGGAGCAGGAGUUCCUGCAGAAACAGCAGCAGGAGCUGGACUGUGCCCUGAAGAAGAUCAUCCAGCAACACAAACACGAGCUGGCCACCAUCGAGAGAGACUGUCUCAACCACAAACAACAGCUCCUCAGAGCACGGGAAGCAGCAAUGUGGGAGCUGGAAGAGCGUCACCUACAGGAGAAACACCAGUUGUUUAAACAACAGCUGAAAGACCAGUACUUCAUGCAGAGACACCAGCUUCUCAAGAGACACGAGAAGGAGAUGGAGCAGAUGCAGCGCUACAACCAGCGUCUGAUUGAGGAGAUGAAGAACAGGCAGACACAGGAGAGGGCCCGCUUACCCAAGAUCCAGCGCAGCGAGGCCAAGACGCGCAUGGCCAUGUUCAAGAAGAGCCUCCGAAUCACUGGAGGCCCCAUCACACCCGAGCAGGAGAGGGAGAAGGUCAAACAGUUUGCAGCCCAGGAGGAGAAGAGGCAGAAGAAUGAGAGGCUCCACCAGCACCAGAAACAUGAGAACCAGAUGAGAGACCUGCAACUGCAGUGUGACACCAACAUCCGGGAGCUGCAGCAGUUACAGAACGAGAAGUGCCACAUCCUGAUAGAGCACGAGACCCAGAAGCUGAAGGAGCUGGAUGAGGAGCACAGCCAGGAGCUGAAGGAGUGGAGGGAGAAACUACGACCCAGGAAGAAGGCUCUGGAGGAAGAGUUUGCCAGGAAGCUUCAGGAGCAGGAGAUCUUUUUUAAGAUGAGUGGAGAGUCAGAGUGCCUUAACCCCUCAGCCCAGAGCCGCAUCUCCAAGUUCUACCCCAUCCCCAGUGUCCACUCCACUGGCUUCUAGGGGUUAACCCAUUCAUGGCACUCCGGAUGGACAUAAACAUAUAUCCACAUAUCGAAGGCACACUCAAUGAAUAAAUAUACACACUUCCGGAUGGAUACACCCACACACACCUAUACAAAUAGACUGGCGCACGUGCACACACACACACACACACACACACACACACACACACACACACACACAGACAAACAAACAGACUAAUAAGACUGAGCCUCUGCUGCCUUGCCCAGUCUCCAUUGAUGACAAUCGGGGACGAAGGGGCGAUAUCUCCGAGGGUGUGUACCCCUCUAUCGGUUUCUGGACGAGGAUGGGACAGUAGCCCUCAAGCUACAGACUAUGUUAAUCAUGAAGACCUUUUUAAUGGUGAUCUGUUAUACAUAAUUUACCCCAUUUUCAUUGUAUAGGGUCGUGUUCAGUCGGGCACACCGUAGUAAGAGUUUGAAUUUGUGUUCUUAUUGUGGAAGUAGUACCUCCCCGUUUCACUCCAUUUCAAAUGAUUUUCCACUGACAAAAAAAACAACAGUUUUAUUUCUUAUAGCUUCCUCUUUUGAAAUGAGUUAUGAAGGAGAUUCUUGACAUUAUGCAUUUUCAAAUGUGAUACUUUGUGCACUCUGUUCCUCAAAUCCUUGCCUCUGUCACUAAAGUGUCUCAGGCAGAUUUCAUUUUUUUUCUUCACUUUUUCAUUUGUGAAUCUUUUUUUUUUUCUUGAAUAAUCUAGUGCCCGUAUACUUUUAUUUCAAUGGACUUACCUUUCAAAUUUAAGCUUCCUCUGAAAAAAAACUACUGCUGCUUGAUUUAGUUAUUUGCACUAAAUCAGGGCUGCCCAACCCUCUUCCUGUAGAUCUACUGUCCUGUAGGUUUUCAGUCCAACCCUAAUUAAGCAUAUCUGAUUCAGCUAGUUAAGGUCUUGUUGAGCAGCUAAUUAGUAGAAUCAGGUGUGUUAAAUUAGGGUUGGACUGAAAACCCACAGGACGGUAGACCUCCAGGAAGAGGGUUGGGCAGACCUGCACUAAAUAAAAAGGAUGAAGCAACAUUUUGUACCAGAAGUCUAAUAUAAUGAACUUAUAUAUUCAAUAUCUAUGGUAAUGUUUGAGAGAGCUAAUGAUAUGAUAAGAAUGUACUUUUGGUAAAAGAUGAACAGCACAUUUUUUUUUAUAAUGAAUCUUGACAAAGGCAUGAUAUAUUUUAUAUGCAAUCACGCAUAUCUUGACAAGAUAUUGAAUUUAGUUUCCAAUGAACUAGGGAGUGACUGCCUAAAGUUAAGCAUGGAUUUCGAUACAAGCUUGACUUCUUAUGUUAUAAUUAUGAUAUCAAAAGUAAUUUUUUGGAGCUUAUUAACAACAGUUUGGGAUUUAUAUUUUUCUGCCGGAAAUGGUUCCUUUCUUCUAGCCUGGAAUCCAAACUGAAACACUACUUUCACUCUUGUUUUACUUGAACAUUUGUGAAACGGUUGAGAUUCCCAGGCUAGUAUCUUUCUUCAGGUUUCAUGAGCAUGCCUUUCAUCUUCAGCACAACUCUUGAGAUUUGUUUCUCUCUUUUUGAAAUUUGGCGUAGUCGGCGAGUGGCCAUUUUUGUUUUAGCAUACCAAGGAGGGGUUAUUAAAAUGGUGUUUGUUUAUAUAUCCAGACAGAGACAAGGUUUUCACUGUGGUUGCUCAAAUGGCGUUGUUAUAUAAUUCGAUAGAAAUCUGUGAGGACCUAUAUGAAGGUCUGUUUUGUUAGAAUUUCAUGCAAAUGUUUGGUAUGUCUGUGUAUUGUUUAUAAAAUUGCCUCCCAUUAAUAAGGUAUUAUUACAUUACCAUAUUCAUCAGUUGACCUGCAUGGCUUUUGGGUUUGUUUGUAAGGAAAUUAUGAUACUGUUUUAUUAUUAUUCAUACUAGCUAAUAGCCUUAGUGUUUUCAACAAAACGUAUGAAGAUACGGUAUUCAUGUUGUGGCCCUCUGUGUAGUUAUUUUAAUCAGACUUAGUCCCGCCCCAAGUGAUCUUUAUAUUCGUGUAGCUUCUAUUGUAUCAUAGUCAAAUGUUUUGUUCGUUACUUAUUUAAUCUAAGGAUAAUGAAUAUGACGUUAUCAUGAGUUGAACAGUUUUGAUAACAUUUUUAGAACUACAGUUUUAGCUUAUUUUAUCAUAGAUAUGCAUGAUCUACUCUAAAAUGGUGGUAGCCUAUAACCUUCAAUACAGUUUAAAAUCAUUUGUUAAAAAGGAACUGUUGGACCUGACUGGUUUAGGCCAUCAUGACUUCUGAUUGGUCCAUUUGUCAUCUCACCCUUUUUUGAUUGGCUGCAGGAACAACAAUCAGUCGAUGCUAUUUUAUAAUUGGUCUGUAAUAGUGGCAAACAAAAACAAAACAUCAUACACAAUGAAGGAGUGCUGUGCACCUUACACAAAAUGAAGAUACUCUGCCAGUAGUUUUUUAUGUGGAAAUGUAUGUUUACUACAGUACAGUAUUGUAGUUUCCUCAAUUGUCAAAUAGUUCAUUUAAAAUCUGAAAUUUAAGCUGAAUUGAAAAUAUAAUUAAAUACCAAUCAUGUCAAUAUGUGUUAUGUUAUUAGUGUCAUGAUUUCCUUCUGAUUUUCAAAUUGUAUCGUGAUUGAUUUCAGAAUGUUGUUUGAAAUUGAACUACCAUGAAAAAAUAAUGUGCAUUUUUAAGACAAGUUUACAUUAUAGUUUUUAGAAUGCCUAUGUACUGUAGAUUUGCAUUGUUCUGUAAAUAAACAAUUUCCUGUAUACAA